UGGCUCGCAAAGGGUAUGCAAUGACAGAAACUACAAGUCCCAUGAAGCCCUUGCACGUUGCGAACUCUACUAGCGCUGGCUGUCGGGUCUUGUGUGUGUGUGUGUAUAAGUGUGUGUGUAGGGAGCAGAGAGCCUGGCUGCUUGGAGCUUUUCCACCACGUUAUCAUCAUGUUGACACUGCCAGUGAGAUAUUUAGUCAGGCCUCUGUGCCAGCGUGUGACUGUGAGUCUGAGAGGGCAACACUCUGCAGCAGCACAGGUACCUGAUCAUGAUCGGCCCCUGGACCGGACAGGACAGCCUGGCACAGGAUGAUCCCGAGAUGUGGGACCUGUUGAAGAAAGAGAAAGACAGACAGUGUCGUGGGCUUGAGCUCAUUGCUUCAGAGAACUUCUGCAGCCGAGCAGCACUCGAGGCCCAGGGCUCCUGCCUCAACAAUAAAUAUUCAGAAGGAUACCCAGGAAAGAGGUAUUAUGGCGGUGCGGAAGUAGUGGACCAGAUCGAGCUUCUGUGUCAGAAGCGUGCUCUUGCUGCUUUUGAUCUGGACCCGGCACUCUGGGGAGUUAACGUUCAGCCGUACUCGGGCUCGCCAGCUAACUUCGCCGCCUACACAGCCGUGCUGAAUCCCCAUGAGCGUAUCAUGGGUCUGGACCUGCCUGACGGAGGACACCUUACACAUGGCUACAUGUCUGAUGUGAAGCGAAUCUCUGCUACUUCCAUCUACUUUGAGUCUAUGCCCUACAAACUCAAUCCUAAAACAGGUCUGAUAGACUACGACCAGAUGGAGCUGACUGCGAAGCUGUUUCGGCCCAGGCUGAUCAUCGCUGGCACCAGCGCUUAUGCCCGCCUCAUCGACUAUGCUCGCAUCAAGAAGCUGUGUACUGAGUUAAAUGCGUACCUGCUGGCAGACAUGGCCCACAUUAGUGGCCUUGUGGCUGCUAAAGCUGUUCCCUCUCCAUUUGAUCAUGCUGACCUCGUCACCACAACCACACAUAAAUCCCUCAGAGGAGCCAGAGCUGGCCUGAUAUUCUACCGUAAGGGCGUGCGCUCUGUGGAUAAGAAAGGUGCUCAGGUGAUGUAUGACCUUGAGGACAAGGUCAACUUCUCAGUCUUCCCCUCUCUCCAGGGAGGUCCCCACAAUCACGCUAUCGCUGGGGUUGCUGUGGCUCUGAGACAGGCCAACACCCCAGUGUUUAGAGAAUAUAUUGCACAGGUGAUGAAGAAUGCUAAAGCCAUGGCUGAUGCAUUGCUGAAAAAAGGAUAUACUCUUGUAUCAGGUGGGACUGAUAAUCACCUGGUGCUGGUUGAUUUGAGACCACAGGGAAUGGAUGGAGCACGUGCUGAAAGGGUUUUGGAGCUGGUCUCCAUUACAGCCAAUAAAAACACCUGCCCCGGGGACAAGAGUGCACUCACCCCUGGAGGCCUGCGACUGGGUGCCCCUGCUCUGACCUCUCGGCAGUUUAAAGAGGCAGACUUUGAGCGUGUUGUGGACUUUUUGGACGAAGGCUUCAAAAUCGCUCUGGACGUCAAGAAAAAGACCAAGAAAUUAGCGGAGUUUAAGAGCUUCCUUCUGGAGGAUCCUGAGACUGUUGCACGGAUUGGUGACCUGCGCAGUCGGGUGGAGGCAUUCGCUCGGCCUUUCCCCAUGCCAGGCUUCUCCGACCACUAACGCGGAGCCGAGACUGAGAAACGAGUGAAGCUCCACAUCCAUCUAGGAGCCUUUCGGCUACUCGCAGCAGCGUAAACAGUGAGAAAUGUAUCAGUAUUGGGAUAGAACACUUUUUCUACUUUAUAUGAGCCUUGUUGGUAAAACACAAAGUGAAAUGUUGCUAGAUGCUGCUUGAGUACCUUCAUCACUGCACAGAAUUCUGCUGACUCUAAGAACAAAAUGUUAUUUUUUUUUCUAAACCUAAAAGUCUUAAUGAGCCCAGUAGUGCAAAUAGACUAUCUACAACUAGUUUUCUUCACAUUGCAGCUCUCUCGUGAUGUAUAACAAGACCUGAUGUGUGUGAUUUAGUUUGGGAUGCCCAUGCUUUUUGAUUUUCGUUUUUUAAGUGAUGAAUCAAGAGCCUGAAAAUACUGGUACUUAAAUGCAAGCUCAAGUUGAACAGGAAGUAAAUAUCAGACUGGCCAAGCUAGUCUGGCUUGGGCAACACAAAAUAGACAGCUCUAGUUGUAUGUCUCUGAUAGUCUUAAUCCUGGAUGAACCUCCAGCUAGAGUAACCGAUACUUAGCUUACAUUCAUUUUUAUAUAACUCAACAAUCCUUAUGAGACCUUGCACAGUUCCUGAUGGAUCAUUGUUUUGCAAAGACACUCAGUGUUUACAAAUCAAUCUUAACCGUUAACUGCAGAGCAAAUGUCAACCACAAAUCUGUGUAUGCAUCAGCAUGGACCAUUUUCUGUCUCAAGCUAACUACUGCUGCUGUGAAUACAAACAAAAAAAUUCUACUUAAUAAUUAAAUACAGUAUGUUUUGAAAGUAUAGAGUAAUAUUACAGAGCGUUUGGAGUCGUAGCUCAUAGGGGGUGGGGUCAAGUACUGCCAAGUUCUUUUAACAGUGCAGUUUUGCCAAAUAUACACUUAAUUAUAACCCUUCCUUGUUAACUAAAGUGGUUAUAAUGGGAUGAACUUGUAUAACGACGUGACCAAUUGUAUACUGUGUUGUACUUGUCUUGUCUUUGCCCUGUUUACAUGACUCAUUCUCCAGCACUCUGUUCAUCAAACCUUUUUAUCUAUAAAGUUUUUUAAGUAGACAUUUACAAAGUGAUUUUAUAAAACUAAUCCCAAUAAAUUUGUGCAUUAACUAAA